UAGAAGUUCUUGCUUUGCUUAAUCUUUGAUGUAAUUUUUUUUUUCUUAAUGGGUUUCAUUUCGUUUGAUUUGUUUCUGUACAUUUUAUAUUUGGUGUUAGAGUUAAUGCUGAAAAGCAGAGCAGCCAUUUUCGUGUUACAGUUGUUCUUUACUAACUAAUGAAUUCAAGAUUGUAAUUUUAAGUUUUUUGGGGUAUAAGUUCGUGUAUUAGUUGAAUUGGGUUACGCUCAUUUCAAAGGAUUGUAUUUACAUUAAAGUUUGGGUUUUUUUUUUUUUUUCAAUUAAUUCAUAAGCAGACUUAGAAAAGAAACCUGUAUGAGCUGUUUUUGGAUUGAAAAAGAGAUUGGUGCAAAAAAAAAAAAAAAACUGCUGUUUUGAUUAGUAUUAGUGUGAAAGUUUCUGCUCGACAUGGGAAAUGCAUAAUUUCAUUAUAAUUGUAGAUUGCAUCAUAGGAUUGAAAGUAAAGGUAAUAAGCGGUGGAACCAUGAGUAACGUCAUUGGCAUGGAAUACAAUUGUCAUAUUAUGUCAAAAGCUAUGCGUCGCUGCUCUUUCUGCUAUGAAGGAUAACAAUGCCUGAGAGAAAUCUAUUGUUGGGUAUUGUGAAAUGCUCACAUGCAUAUGACAUGUGUGUGUAAUCCUAGGUCAAGCAAAAGAGCCAGGAUCAAAGUCCAGCCAUUUUCAGUACCUAGUGACUCAUGGACUGGAUAAAACAUUAAACCAUCCGUUGUCUCAUGCUCAGCUACAAGACUAGUAUCUUUUUGUUACCUCCAUCUAGCUCUUUUUUUUAGCUUCACUGUCUUCCACCUGACCCAGUUGUGUUUUUAUUUUUAGUAUUUUUAUUUCUUGAAAGUGGGAUCUACUUUAAUAAUAACAUGCAAUCUUAUUGUUCUAUUAUGCUUCUCUUGAUGAAAAUGUUCAUGCUGCUUCCAAAUGAUUUACUGCUUAUUCUAUGUCAGGAACCAAGGUGCAGAGUUUUCCUCUCAUUUGAAAAGGAAAAUAUCAUGUGUAACAGCAAUAAGAUUGUUGCAUAAAUUUGCUCAUAACUUUACUUGGCUCCUGAGUCGACAGACAUAUUUUACUUACAAAUACAUAAUAAUGUACUUGAACUUUUGUUUUUAUUUUUUGAAUUUGCAAUGUUGUCUUAUUUUUGCAUUAUUUCUUCUGUGGAAGAAGGCUUACCAUCUAGAUUUUAGUAUACCAUGCUUAGUUUCUAAGAGAUAAUUUUUUAUCCAUGGAAUUUAUGACACUAGAGCAAAGGAAAUUAUAGAAGAAUAUCAUUUUUUUGUUUAAAACUAAAUUAAUCGCUUAAGAGGUGAAGAUACAGUGAAAUAAUUUGGCACUUGCAUGAAAGCUUGACCUGCUAGAAACCAAAUCUAUAAGUGUCAAGUCUCCAAGCAUAGUUAAAUCUUGACUGGAAGACUCAUCUUUGUCGUGCUUUAGAUUAAAAUGAGAUAAAAUCUGUGGCAAAUCAUUAUGAGUGGAAUUCCUGCUCAAAUUUUCCUUUUGAAGAAUUGUGUUCAGGUAAAUUACCAAAGUCUUUUAUGUCGCUUAACUGGGUGUGUUCUUUUCACCUGAAGGCUGGGCUAUUUCCAUGUGGGACUGAUACAGGGAAAGGGAAGAGCAAAAUGUCUAAGCAUAUUACUCAUGGUUUUCAUUGCAUGAAGGGGAAAUCAAAUCAUGACAUGGAAGAUUAUGUAGUUUCUGAAUUCAAGAAAAAAGAUGAUAGUGAGUUAGGUUUAUUUGCAAUCUUUGAUGGGCAUUUGGGCCAUGAUGUUGCAAAGUACUUGCAGAACCAUUUGUUUGAUAAUAUCUUGAAAGAGCAUGACUUUUGGACCGAAACAGAGGAUGCAAUAAGAAGAGCUUAUCACUCAACAGAUGCUGAAAUAUUGGAUAAAGCAAGGCUUCUAGGCAGAGGAGGGUCAACAGCUGUGACUGCAAUACUUAUCAAUGGUCAGAAACUGGUAGUGGCAAACGUAGGAGAUUCUCGGGCAGUUAUAUGCAAGAAUGGUAUGGGCAAACAACUAUCAGUUGAUCAUGAGCCAAGCACGGAGAAGAGAAAGAUUGAGAGCCGUGGUGGAUUUGUAUCAAACCUUCCAGGGGAUGUUCCACGCGUUGAUGGGCAGCUGGCUGUAGCAAGGGCAUUUGGUGAUAAGAGUUUAAAGGUACAUCUUAGCUCAGAACCCGAUGUGACAGUGGAGGUGAUUGAUGACAAUGUAGAGUUCAUUAUUCUGGCCAGUGAUGGGAUAUGGAAGGUCAUGUCAAACCAAGAAGCAGUGGACACUAUCAAAAACAUAAAGGAUGCUCAAUCAGCAGCAAAGCUCUUGAUAGAGGCAGCAAUUUCCAAGGAGAGCAAGGAUGACAUCUCCUGCAUUGUUGUAAGGUUCCAUUAAUAUUUCUUGCUAAUAGUACCAUCCUUUUCCCCAAUUAAAUGGAGAAAGUAAUAGCUGAAUAUGCGUAUACCAUGCAAAGUUUUUUGCCUUCUUUAUAGCUACAGUGAUUGUUGCAGCCUGCUAUAAAACUGUUGCAUGUAAAAUUGACUGAGCAUUAUAAAAAAUGAUUACUUAAAUUGCUUGUAAUUCUUUUCGAGUUCUUAAUGAUGUGCCUGAAGAGAUGUUGCCCUGAUUUUAGUGUUGUGUCGAAUAGGACCAUCCAUGCACUGAAUUUGAUCACUCUUCUGGAAGUGCUUUAUGAUACUUACCAAAAUAUUAGGAUAUGGAUAAAAAAUGAGAUUUUAUUGAAAACAUUGUGCAAUCUAUUUUCCAUUGGCAGACGUUUUGCAAAUCGGCUAUAAAUAAAUAGUACAUUUAUGCUUAUAGUUUCUGGACGCAUUGUAGUUAUCAUCUUAUAUCAGGCAGGGAGUACUGCAAACUCUCUAGGCCUUGAAAAUUCUAUCAGAUGUGGUGUGGCCAAUUGACAUUUUCCAUCAGCAGCAUCAGCUUCUGCUACUGCUAAAUGUAGGCCAAUCAAUAUACUUCCUAAACACUUUAAAGAACCGUCAGAAUUUUGUUAAUGAUACUGACAAUUAUGUGAUGGUGUGCAUGUCAAAUUAUGAGAUCAGAUUUUAAGCAAUUGUCAACUAGCAAAAAUUAUCCUUGCUUCUUGCCUGCCUGGAGUAGCAUACGAGACAUUUAACAUCCUCAGAAAUUGGUGUAGAUUAUUGUACGGCUUGUCCAAUUGCUAGCUUUGGUCUGCGAAAAGAAGGGGCUUUUUGCCAGCCCCUGCAAUAUGCUAUCUAUUAAAACCUCUUGUUUUGAUUCAGGAUUGGAGCUCGGCAAUAACAAAAAGUUACUUUUCGUUUCAAACUUCAAUGCCCGUACUCUCUCUCUUUUUGGUGACUUUUUGAAUUUUUAUUUGUGGAUUAUAAUUAAAUUGUUUUUUUCAAUUAAUUAAAAUUUAAUUUUCAAAAUUCUUUAAAUUAAAAAUACUACAUUUCUAAGAUGAAAGACGAAGUUUAUGUUGAAAAUAUUUUUUUCAAAAUUUAUAAUUUCAACAAAAACAA